CUUUUCCGUUGACGGUGGAUUUAAAUGUUUCAAGAACAAGAAAAGAGACGCGAAGGUUUGUGGUCGUCAGGCAGGUCUCGCAAAGAUCCCAGCUAUGUCCUCCUCUAAGGAAGAUGCGUUAUCCCCUGACGAGCUGAGGAAAAGACUCUAUCAGACUUUUAAAAGUAAAGGAGUUCUUGAUACACUCAAGGCACAGCUGCGAAAUCAGCUCAUCCAGGAGUUAAAGUACCCAGCUUUGGCAGGCCAAGAACCAGUUCCCAGGCCAGCACAUGUGAAACAUGAACCCAUUUUAGUUUCAGCCUGUAACAGCAUAGUGGCAGAUCAUCUCCAGAACUCUGGGUAUGAGUACACACUUUCUGUGUUCUAUCCUGAAAGCGGAUUAUCUAAAGACAAGGUUUUUACAAAAGAAGACCUUCUUCAGCUUCUUAAAAUACGCCCUGAAUCAAACCUUUACAAGUCAUUGUCUUCAAAUAAAGAAAACCAUGAUAGGGGGUUCCUGAUCAGCCUUCUAACACAGCUAACAGAUCAUUAUACUCGGAACCUGUGCCACGAUGCCGACACUCAGACAAGUUUAUCAAGUUAUGGAGAGUCUCUUGUAGAGAAGAUGAAAACAAUAGAUCGGGAAUACGAGGGUUUGGGGUACAAUGAGGACAAAGUGUUUCCAUUACAGUCAAAACUGUCUGCGUAUAGAAAAGACAUUGAAGUGCAGAUGGAAACAGAAAUGAACUUAAAGAUAGAACAUUUUAAAGAAGUUGAAAUUGCCAAGGUGAGGAUGGAAGAAAAAUCCAAAUUUCAUAAAGAAUUUGAAAGGCUGAAGCAGGAGCUGGAGAGGACUUAUGAAAUGAAGACAAAGGCCCUGAUGGAGCGAGAGAAAAAUGCUAUUGAUCGGUUGCAAAAACAGCAAGAGAUUGAAGAAAAGAACUUAUACAUUGAGAGACAGUCAGUGCUGAAGGAAAUUGAAACACUACGUAGCAGAGAAAAUGAGCUGAGGAUGAGAAGAGAAGCCUUCGAAAAGACUUGUCAAAUCCAUGAGGAGAAGAUCAAGACAGCUGAAGAGCUGCUGAGGAGGAGAGAACUGGCUGUGAAAACCAUGGAGGACACGUAUGACCAGAAGCUGAAGAAUGAACUUUCCAGGUAUCAGCUUGAACUAAAGGAGGACUACAUCAAGAGAACAGAAAAGCUCACAGAAAGUGAGAACAGAAACAAAGUGGAAACUGUCCGUAUCCAAAAGGAGUCAGCUGCAAUUAAUGCCAAAUUGGAGGACCACAGUAAAACGUGCUCAGAGCUGAAGCGGCUGCAGAUCGAGUUAGACACAGCACAGCAGCAGAUUUCUCUGCUGACUCAACAGAAGGAGCUGUUAAGGGAAAGAAUGGAGAGCAUGAGUGACUACCCCCGCUUAACAAAAGAGAAAGCAGAGCUGCAGGGGCAGCUGCAGCUGCUAAAGAAACAGCUGGAGGAGGCCCAAGAGGAGAAACGGCUUCUUCAUGCAGAUUUGGGCAAACCAUCCAAAGAGCAACUAUCCUUGCAGUUGGAGCUUCAGAGGCUACAGAGUGCUCGCAGAUUGGAUGCGGAAGAAUUUGACAACCAGAAACAGGUGCUGCAGGCACAGCUCCAGAGUGAGAUGGAGCAAUGUGCCCAGUUCAAAGCUCAGCUGAUAGAGUGUAAAGAGAAAUCCCAGUGGAUGGCUAACCAUGUUGAGGACAUUAAAAUGCAGCUUCACCAAACUCAGCAAGCUCUUGAAAAUGAAGUGCUGCGUAAUCCCAAACCAUCUCUUGUUGAUCGCUCUGUACUAGAGCUCGACGCUGACAAGCUGGUUCCUCCUGACAUCUAUGUGGACAGAACUCUGCUGAGGGCCAGGGUGGGUUAUGAUGUUUGUGAAAUAGAUGGCAAUCUGGGAGGAAGCAAAUCGCCUUGGAGUGAUGUACCAGAUUCUGAUUUGGAGUUGGUAGCUGAAGCUAAGACUCGGAUCAAGGAGCUGCAGAGGGAGGCUGAGACUUUAGAGGAAGCUUACAGGAACUACCAGCAGAGGGCAGUGCGCUCCACCAUCUCACACAUGCUUCCCCCAAGACCUCUUUCCCCACAACAACCACAUCCUUCUCAUUUCCCUGAGUCUCCUCUUAGAAAACACGACCCUCUCCGUUCACACAGUCACUUAGCCCACAAACCAAAGAUCUCACACAGACCACUGUCUCCUCAGUCUAUCCAAUCCCCCUCCAAUGGCACCAGAAAGACUUUACCAUCUGCACAAUCAAGAGUUACCUUCUCAGAAGAUCAUAACCAGCCACAGGCCACAUGUUUUGUUGACCACAGUCUCUAUUCGCUGACCGAGCCUUUGUUCCUAAAAAAUGGAAACGCUCCAGAUGAAAGCUUGGCUCUAUCCAAGCACCCAUCCCCUACAACACAAUCUUCCUUCAAGAAUAAUCUUCAAAGAGAGCUUACAGAAGGGCCAGUCGUGUCUGCAGUCCUGCUUCCACAGCUGUCGUCUGACAGGCAGCUCUCUCCUGCCCUCCACAAUGAGGUGGUGACCUCAGAGGACUUGUCCUCCGAGCUCAGUCCACCUCGCAGUCCUCAGCUCAGGAGCACAGCACGCGACCAUUCCAGUCCACCAAAGCUACAGCAAGUCUUCUCCAGCUCAGAGUCUUCCCCACAGCCUGAGAAGAUAAGCCUUGAAGAUCUCACUGGAGGAUUAUCAGAGCCCGGCCACAUUCCAGAGCUUCUCCUGGACACUGCUGUCCCUCUCUCCGAGGAGGCCCCUGCUGGCCCCCACCCACAAGACCUCCCAAAAGACCUAAUAGACUCACAGGGCCAAACGGAACUCCCACAAAGUUUGGUUGAAUCUGAAAAGGAAGAAGAUGAAGAACAAAGGUGGGAAAGAGAGCGGAAAGAAAGGGAAGAAAAAAGACAAAGGGAGCAGGAAGAAGCCAGAGAGAGAGAGCUGCAAGAACUUGAGCGACUAGAGAAAGAGAUGCUUUUGCAAGAGGUGGAAAAUCCAAAACAGGAAGAAGAAGAAGAAGAAGAAGAAACCGGGGUUAAGAAAGGAGUAGAUGAAGAAAUCAGUGGAGAGAAAUAUGAGUCUAAAAGUGAAAAUCCACUGGACAAAUACAUGAAGAUGGUCUUGGAAGCAAGAGGGAAGCAACAUGCACAGAGCUCUCGAAGAGAAGAGGCAGAAUAUGCAAGCCCAGAGGCCAAGAGUUUGACUGAGGAUAAAGAAGACAGCAUUGCAGCAUAUUCACACAAGGAUGAAGAUGAUGAUUUUUGGUGAGCUGACCAUCAGUUUGUGGCAUCAUAAUCUGAAGUGUAUAAAAACAGAUAUUUCAAGAAUUUGCUUAUCAGUCCUACAUGUUUUCUUUUUUGUAUGAAAUUCAAAUAAAUGCAUUUUUUAAAUCUGUA